CCUCUUGUACCUCCUGAAUAGCUACUCUACAGCACUGCCGUGUUAGGUCGGUUUAGCUAACUUUGUGUCAUUUAUGAGUCUUGGCCAGAUGUCAGAUAAAACCGUCAAACGUCCAGGAGUUGGGGUCGGGGUGGUUGUUACAGACUCAGCCCAUCAGGGCUGUGUUCUUCUGGGAAAACGGAGAAGCGCAAUGGGCAAAGGGACAUACCAGCUCCCCGGUGGCCACUUGGAGUUUGGAGAGACGUGGGAGGAGUGUGCUCACAGAGAGGUGUUGGAGGAAGCAGGGGUGCGUUUGGUGAACGUGCGCUUUGCGUCAGUGGUGAACUCCAUUAGACUGGAGGAGCAGUACCACUACGUCACCAUAAUCAUACAAGGAGAACUGGACAGGAAGCAAUCAGGAGAGCCAGAGAACCUGGAGCCAGAGAAGAAUGAGGGUUGGACGUGGACACGGUGGGACCAGUUUCCUCCUGAGGAGCAGCUCUUCUUGCCGCUAGCCGGUCUGAGACAACAAGGCUUCCAGCCGUUCAGGACCACAGUAACAAACACUGAGACUCAGCCUUGAAACUGCCUGUUACAUUGGGAAACCUUUAUCCUUCACCAAAGGAUAAAACAGACGCACCUCUGUUUUCUCAAA